GCAAAUCUCGUCAUCAUCAUCCUGAAUCGUAUCCUGUUCUUUGGUUAUAAGGUUAUCUGUCUAUCAUCUUUGUCCCUACUAUCUCACUCACAGCUCAAGACUGACUUGUCCCUACAAUGAGGUCCCUCAUGGCCCCUUUUCAAACGGGCAACCUCAAGCGCAUUCGCCAAGCGUGCGCAAAUUGUCGGCGUAGGAAAACAAAAUGCUCCGGGGAGCGUCCGAUCUGUUUCCACUGUCGCCGGAAUAAGCACUCCUGCAUUUACGAGCCUUACUCCGUGACCAUUGGCGAUAAUCCUCCCAGUAGUCCUCCAGCACAAACCAGUGAAAAUACCCAACUACUGCAGCGUAUCUCGUUGAUUGAGUCGCGCUUGGCGGAAUUAAGCGGACAAGCCGCACAACAACCCCGAAGCCCAUCUAUAGAUGCUGAGCCUCUCAGGCAGCAGAUCUUGUCGACACAGCCUCCUGUCUCGGGCAUUCCCUUUGUUACACCCUCGCAACCCGUCCUGGACUCCAUCAUGGACACAUAUUUUCUCCAUGUGCACAACCAGCCAUACAGCAACUUCCAGGAGAUCAGCUUCCGACAAGAGCUACGGAAUGGGACCUUGCCACGAUGUUUAAUACUAGCUAUGCUGGCCUCCGCCGUCCGCUUCUCUACUCACGAGCUCUACGCAGAAAGAGCGCUAGAGACAUCAGAGGUUUAUGCUCGGGAAGCUUGGCUGUCCGUGUUGACAGAUUACUUGACAGUAGAAGAUGAUAUAGGAGUGCAUGUCGUGCAGACAGUAAACAUGCUGGCAGUAAUUGAUUAUACAGCUGGGCGCGUUAAUUCAGGGUGGUUGAAGAUCGGUCUAGCAGCGCGCAUCUCACAAGGGCUCGGCUUAAUGGGCGAGCCUGAUGCUUGGAUACCUGCUGCGGAGCAGGAGGAACGCCGACGAGCGUUCUGGUCAGUCUACCUACUCGACAAACUCAUUUCAUGUGGAAGAUCGCGCCCCCUCGUCAUUCUCGACCAAGACUGCCAGGUCCAGCUUCCGUGCGACGAAGUGACCCUUCGACUAGGUGAGAUCAAGAAGACAUACACCCUGAAUCAGCUUCUCAACUGGAACACUGAGAUCGCUGAAAGCCCCAGCCCCUUUGCUCUGGUUAUUCUUCUGGCGUCCAUCUUCGGGCGCUGCACGCGAUACGUUUAUGCCAAUCGGCACACGGACGAGAUUCCGCCGUGGGACACCGAGUCAGAGUACACUGCGAUCAAUUCAUCUUUGCUGUUGUUCGAGUCCUAUGCGAAAUCGGGAGAUGCAUCAGUGGUUGAUAUGGCACGGCAGAGUGCUAAAGCGACGGGGACACCAAAUCAUCAAGAACUAGGACACCAGACUUUCGCGCAUACCCUAUUCCAUCUGUGCCACUGUUUGCUGAAUCACCCCUUUGUUCUUGAUCUUCGACUUCAGCCCUUUGGCUCCAAGGCUCCUCAUAGCUUUGUCACCCGCGCCCUGCAGAAUGGAAUAGAUCAUGCUACACAGCUUGUGCGUCUCCUCCGGGAUGUAUCCGAGGCAGGCGGACUCGUCGAGUCUUCAUUCUAUGCGUACUCCGUGGCGAUCGCGGGGGGGCAUUCUCUCGAUCGUGUCACAAGAUGAGCAUCAGAAGCUUCCUUGUCGGUCUUCGGAGAUGCUGGAGUGCUUUCAGCAUGCUCUUGAUAUACUUGAUCGAUUAGCCCAAGUCUGGACCCAUGCCGCUAACAUGGCCAUCCGCCUGCGUGAUUUUCACGCCCAGCGCCGCGGGACAAGUAGCGUGCUCGACGAAAGCACCCCACCGAGCGAUCUGGAUCCUAGAUCCGACGAGGCCUUGUGGGCCAUGCUCGACUAUUCCAUUCUCGGCAGCAAUCUGCCCAAGACAUCUAGUAAAUCCGGCUCGGAUUACCGCGGUAAUCUCUCGCCCACACCCUGGGCUCUGGGGUCGAACAUGCCGAUCUCGACAUCAUCUUCGAGGAUCGACCUGGGCGACGACGAUUUGUUUCGGGGUCUUUCUCCGGCUCUGCGG